AGUCGGCGCUGGGACGCCUCCGCGGGAAGUCGAGGACUCGCGAGAGGUCGUGCGGGGUCUGCAGUCGGGACUGAUGUGAUGAGAACCGCGGCUCUACUGUAGCCGGACUGCACGAGCAGGCCGUUGCAUUCUGCGAGGGCGACCUCCGCUCGGUUCGUACCGCGUUGACUCGCCGUAGAUAGGUUCGGGACGUGUUCACUGUGGCAAUUGGUACGUUACGGGGUACCAGUGUUGUACCACCGAGUUCGAAGAGGACUGAUUUCUUUUUUUCUCCUCAGUGUGUCGGACCUGGGUAAACUUACCUUUGCAGGUGUGCUACGCUGGCGAGGUGCUGUGGACAGUUGUUGCGAUCCCUGAAAGCGACGGUCAAGAUCGUGAAGACUGAUACCUGCGUCAACAAUAUCGACACGACCCGCCCCGGGAAAGCCAGGAAGACAAGGAUGGAACGUGUGUGUCACAGGCGGGCGCUACGUUGACUGAACGCCUUGCCGCAUCGAGUUGAUUGGAACGACCGCCGAGACGUCCGGUGUUCGGCGAAAAGCGACGACGCGAGGACAAUAUGGUAUCCGAUAAGGGCCCACACAGAAGCGAUACCGCCACUGGAAGCGGCCAUCCGUGAAGGAGCAGCUCGGGAGCGCCUUCGUUCGUAACAGGUUUCUAGGGAGUGGAGCUCCUGGAAGGGAGGUUGCCGACUGUGUGCGAGCAGAGGUGGAUGUCUGUCAGAGCGCACAAAUCUCCCUCCAGUUGCCGCGAGGCCUUCAAACUGUCCAAGCGGACGGCUGCAGCGUAGAGCUAUGUCGAGGACUAGUGAUUCGACGGCAGCAGCUCCAAGUGUGUGUCUGUAACGGCGUAUUGCGAAGUGCGCGGCGAAACAUGUGGAGUGGUAGCCAUUGUGAACUGACGCGGGUGUGUAAGUGACGUCAGCGUUCCGGACCACCCAAGUGCUGGAAGCCCAGUUGGGAAGUAGUCGCCGUCAACUCUUCCCUUGGAUCAUUUACGUCGUUUUCGAGCAACGACAGCUCGUUCUCCGGAAGGUGGCGAUAGUACUGCGAGAUAUCGCGAGGCUUGAAACUCAUGGGGACGGAAUGAGAAGCUCGCUCUGUGCCGGGAAUUUCUCAGUUCAUCCCAACCACUUCCACGACAGAUGCACCACUGUAUCAGACUUACAAGAGUUAGGUGUCUGAAGAAAAAUUAAAACGUGCUGUCCAUCCCCUACUGGAGAACUAUUGUACAUCCUGUUCAGUGUGAACUUAGUAUCCCCAAUAUCCUACAGAAAACUACACUGUUGCACAUAUCUGUAAGGUGGUAAAUAGACGUGUCUUCUACAUGCCGCAUUACUAGCGAUCUCCUUGUAUUUACCUCCAUCACUGCCAAUGCUCACUCGAAAUUAGCAGUAAAACUACCAGGCUGGGUUCAGAGUGUAAAUAGCAAAAGCUAAGAGUGUUUCACUUGUCGCUUUGGAAACAACUACUCAAGACUGUAGUCUUCCAGUCCGUUCAAAUGCUACGGACGUCAGCGUAAUAUAUUUUGAUAAUUACUGGUGUGAAUAGGCUUUAGAAAAACAUGCUCAAUGAGACCAGAAUGUAGUAGGAACUGGACAGCGGAAAAUAAUAUUUGUGCUGUCUUAUUGAAAUAUGUUUGUCGUAACUAGUUAUUGAGAAACAUUAUCUAGGCGAAAUUCGUUAUUCUUUGCUAACAAGCAAAUUAGUGUCAGUAUUAACGCCGUAUAUGCUGUUAUUGACUCAUUUAACGAGACUUACUGUGGUAUUUUCUGUGCACAACUCUGUGUAUGAAUGUGGAUAGGAGACCGGAACCUCUCAUAUUGAAGUACGUCGAUAGCAGUCACAUCUGAAUGCUUUGUCAGUGUUCAUUAAUUUCUUUGUAUAACACCUACGCUAUUGCCAAAAAUUUGUGGUGCGUUUACUAGAAAGUAGCGCAUGUGUGUGCAUCAAGAUAUUUGGCGAAGGUAGUGAGUUGUUACUGGGCUCAAACGAGGAACUGAGAGAGCUGAAGGUGUCAGUGAGGAGUAGAGCGAGAAGUAUUGCAUAGAAGAGUAAGCAGUCGCGGGCGGGAUUGAAUAGCAGCAACAGUCGAGCGAUUUGUUAACGUCGAUAAGGAGGAUAGCUGCGGCCAUGGGUUGCGAGCUGGGAAAGCUCCUGGUGCUUCAGAGGGGCAGCGGAGGCGGUGGCGGCGGCGGAGGCGGCGGGGGCGGAGCGUCCUGCCCCCAAGGGGGGCCGCCACCCCCGGCCACGGACCCCCGCAUCCCGCUGACGGCGCGCCAGAAGUACAACAUGCUCGCCUCGUGGAAGGGCAUCAGCCGCGCCAUGGAGCCCACAGGAGUCUACAUGUUCCUCAGGCUGUUCGAGGAGCACGCCGACCUGCUGGAGCUGUUCGAGCGCUUCCGGUCGCUGAAGACGCGCGAGGAGCAGGCGAGCAGCAUGGAGCUGGCCGAGCACGCCACCACCGUGAUGAACUCGCUGGACGAGGCCAUCCGCGCGCUUGACGACGCCGACACCUUCUUCACUUUCGUGGAGCAGGUCGGCGCGUCGCACCGCCGCAUCCCGGGCUUCCAGCCGGAGCUCUUCUGGAAAAUCGAGACGCCUUUCCUGGAGGCAGUGAAGACGACGCUGGGCGACCGCUACACGGACAACGUGGACACGCUCUACCGGGCGACCAUCAAACUCAUCAUCGAAACUCUCAUCAACGGAUACAACAGCGCACCGGACAACCCGCAGACACAGCAGAAGGAGCAGUCCUCGUGAGGAGUCGCCAGCUGACGAACCUGGGGUCCUCAGCGCCCCUCCAGGCUCCCAACUCGAACACUAGCCGUAUCGGUGGCGCUGGAACUUCCGACGGCCCCACUGGAGCCUUCCAGGGACGUUCACAGACAUUACAAUGGUGGACCACUGCCUGUGCCAGCCACAGUUCUGGGUCUGACAUUUGUCUGGCACGUUAUAUAUCAAGUGCAGUAUUCACAUGGUAGCUGUGAUGGACGUACUAGCAGAUAGGGAUGUUCUAAUCGUGAUGAAGCUCGAGGAAAUGAACUCAUGAUGAGCCCCUCUUUGAGGAAAAAUGGUCUUAGGGUCUGUUACAUGGCCUUAAGGUUACUCACCAGCAAAAGAUGUUCUCUGGGAGAAGUGCAUAAAGGCUAACAGAAUUAUAAGCAGCUACAUCAAUACAGAGAGACUCAUUUGCGCAAACAUGUUGCCCGUAUAGGUUCGAUGGUUUAGAUAUAGCUGACAAUAGUGUUGAGGACGACCUUGGUUUAUAAAUAAGUUCCUUACCAUCAGCUCCACCAAAUAAAGGCCUGUUUCGGUGGCACAGGCGUGUUCUUGAGAUGACCCCACCAGUGACAGAAAUUCAAUAGGAACUGUAGUAGUGGAAAACCACACAUUCGAGCGAACAUAUUUUCCAAAAGUUUCGAUGGUUGAGAUACAGCUUUCAUGGAAUAUUCUCAGGAUUAACAUGGUGAAUGAAGAACUUAAUUUAUGAACCUAGUCUCUGCCAAAUAGAAUCGCAUAUCUGUGGUACAGAUGCGGUCUUCAUACUGCCCACCAGUAACAGAAAUCCAGUGUGAACGUUUAUCGUAAACAGCUCAACAGAGAUAAAGUCUAUAGUCGCUAGAGUUCAGAUAUGCCCUCCGGUAAAAUCUUCCCUCGUGCUUACACGGUUUGACCGUAAAAUGUAAGCUUACACGCCCAGAAGAGUACAAUUAUUAAACAGUUUUCUGGCUUUUAAGCAGUGGUCAGAAUGGAUCUUCUUCAGAAACGUAUCACUUCAUUGCCACACGCAGAGGAUAUACUCACUAUAUUCGUAGCUUCGAGUCACUACCCACAGUGGCAGCAAUGAACCAAUUUUUUCAGUGAAUCUAGGUCAUGAUCUUCAUGAAGAUGUUCUCCACAGGUAGGGGCGAAGCGUUGGGCUUAUCAAGGAAAUACACGCGACCACAGCUUAAUAUCUAGGACAAUCUUUAUUGUUAGAAACAUUUUCCUCGAAGCUACGCGUGCUGGUUUUAGUUGU